UCCUUGAUUAGUUUCCAUCCAUUGCUUCUUGUCCUGCUUUCAGGUGCUUUGGAGAAUAGAUUGCCACACACACCUUGUUCUUUGUGGCAGCCCUUUAAAUAUUGGAACAUUGCUAUGUAUGAGAGGAUCCACACUAGAGAAAAACAAUACAGAUGCUCCGAAUGUGGUAAAAGGUUUUGUCAAAACAGUUCCCUAGUGGUUCACCGAAGGAUCCACACCAGAGAAAAGCUGUACAAAUGCAAUAUAUAACAAAUAUAGUAAUAUAUAUUAUAUAAUACAUAACAAAUGAAUCCAAUAAAAUUAACCAAUCCUCUUGAAUAUGGAUGGUGUCAUAUCAUUUACGUAAACCUCCAUACUGCAGUUACCACUUUUCUGUUAACAUAUGAAUUAUCUCCAUAUUUCUACAGUUAACUGAAGAUAGAUUAAAAAUAUACCCUGCAUUCUAUGAUGUGCUCCAUUCUUGGGAUUAAAGAAACAAAAAGCUGCUUUAAUGGGCUUUUUUCUUUUUGUUAAGGAGAACAUUCUAUGGUUUGCUCUCUUUUUAUGUUUUCCCUUUAAAGUCAAAUUUUGCAACAGUAGAGUUUCAGAGUGGUAAGCAAGUUUUUGCAUUUCACACAAAGAACACGGCAACUUACACCCUUUGUAUGCAGACACAUAAUAGCACACUUUUUAAAACCCUUUAAAUUGGGUGUCAAACUGACGACCCAUGGGCCGGAUGCGUAUGCCGAAACCACGCCCACCUCAGUUCUGGCAAUAGGAAAAAGUCACGAUAUGUCACAGCACGUCAUGUGACAUUGUGAGUUUGACACCCCUGCUUUAAAUAUUUCUUUCUAAAGUUUUACCAGUUUCUUUAUCACAUAUAGUCACCCUCUCUUUUUAAGGGUGAAUUUUCUAGGCCCUACUGUGUAUGUGUGUCUCUUGCUUUGACCCAAUGGAGAUAUCUGUGCAAGCAAAGUUACAGUAACGUGGCAUUUAUCAUUUAGCAGAUUUAAAAUCUCCUUCACAAACAAAGCUGGCUUGUUGGGAACAGCAGAUUCAAGACACACUGUGUACUUGGAUACAACUCUAUAGUCACUGCAAGUGAAACUAUCUCCCUUGGAGCCUCUGCCCUGCUGGUGCUUCCAUGUCCUAAAUCCUUGGGAGCCAUAGAAAAUCAGUCAUAAAAUUUUAGGAGGUAGAGAGGUUUGAUUUUUGUUAAGACCCAAUUCCUAAAAUGUAGGAAUCUUUAAAUUAAUUCAAAUUAGUGCCCUCCAAGCUGUCCGGGCAUAAUAGAGCUGUAACCUAGCUCCUCUAGAGAUGGAAGGCUGCUGAGAGCAAUUUUGCCCUCUGGUGAGAUUUAGACUUCCCAAUAAUACAGACAGGAAGAUCAGAUAUAUUUCUGCUACCCUAGACGUGAUUUGAUGGUUGCUUCCAGGUUUGUCCCACGUCUUGUUAUUCUAUUUAAUAAGAUGAGGCUGGCCAUCAUUUAGGAGCUGUGCACAAAAACAAGACUUUCACGAACUUUUAGCAUUCAGCACCUGGCUAAUCUUGUGCAGCUAAGAUGGAUCUAGCUAUACUGUUCAAGCUUCUCUCAGUUGCAGAUACGUUUUUUGAGGCGUUAUCCUGCAACCCCAAGACAAACCAUUAAACAACAGUCUUCCUUGACUCCCCAAGGGAGGUGAGGUUUGUUGUGCCCUUUUUGCACAAUGUUCCCCAUCUGCCCCAAUAAUGCUUUCCCUUGGUUAGUUCUCGCUUCUUGCAUACAAAGUUUCUAGCUCAGUAAUAUUUAUUUAUGAAACACACGCGCCAAGAAAGGCGUCAACACAGAAGGGUGUUGAAACCAUUGAGUAUUGAAUUGCUAGAGAGGACAAAGAGGAGACGAGAAGGUAAGAGAAACUUCCUCUUUCGGCUCACCCAUGGGGGGGGGGGGUUAUAGUGAUGGUUCUCGAGUCCUUCCCAGGAUCCAAGCAGCAGCUGGAUGACAAAAGAGGAUGCCAAGAAAAGUGCCAAGAAGAUGCCAAGAGAGAUCAAAAGCAGAACUAAAAAGGAAUCAAUCCUGCAAUUAAAAUCCUUCCAACAUGUCCAGAAAACAACAAAACAUUUCUGUACCUGAUGGACAAGGGAGAUAGUAACUGAAAAGAGUAUUAUCCCUGAAAAAAAUUGAGUAUGUGAAACUCAGUGAAACACUCCACAAAAAAAUCAAAGGCAAAGGUCAUUUGCAAAUUCAGAAAAGAUGGAAGCACUUGGAAAUCAAUGGAGAAGACACUUGGAUAACCGGGUGUGGCAAGCAGUCAUGCAAGACUCGCUCUGUGAAGAAAGAAAGAGUAGCUUGAAUGAAAACAUCAUCCAAGAAGGGAUCCAAAAUAUUUUUGACCUCCUCAAUAAACCAAGAAUAUCGGUUGUGGAAAUGCCCCAUGAAUCUACGUGUUGUGAGGAUAGUAUGGGUUGCAGAUCGCAACUGAUUGUCCAUGAAAAGAUCAACAUCAGACAGAAGCCAAAUAAAUUUUCUGAGUGUGGGAAAUUGUUUUGCAACAGCCCACAGCCAUUUAAGGAGAAAAUGACGUACACUGGAGAGAAUACGUACAAAUACUCACAAUGUGACAGCAGCUUUUGCAAGGACACCACCCUAGCGAUACACCGGAGGACUAACACAGAGGAGAAACAGUAUACAUGUCUGGAUUGUGGGAAAUGUUUCGGUCAGAAUUCCAACCUGUUGAUACACCAAAGGACUCACACAGGGGAGAAACCAUAUGAGUGUCCUGAUUGUGGAAAACGUUUUGGCCGGAAUUCCUAUCUAUUGGUACACCAAAGGACACAUACAGGGGAGAAACCAUAUGAGUGUCCAGAUUGUGGGAAAAGUUUCAAUCAGAAUUCUCACCUGGUGAUACAUCAAAGAAUUCACACUGGGGAGAAACCCUAUGAAUGUCUAUAUUGUGGGAAAACUUUCAGUCGGAAUUCCCACCUGGUGAUACACCAGAGGACUCACACAGGAGAGAAACCGUAUGAGUGUUGGGAUUGUGGAAAAAGUUUCAACCAGAAUGCUAAUUUGAUUGUACAUGAGAGGACUCAUACAGGAGAGAAACCAUAUGAAUGUCAGGAUUGUGGUAAAAGUUUCAGUAGAAAUUCUCACCUUGUGAUACACCAGAUGAUUCACACAGGAGAAAAACCAUACAAGUGUCUGGAUUGUGGGAAAGGUUUCAGCUGGAAUUCCCACCUAGUAGUACAUCAAAGAAUACACACUGGUGAGAAACCAUAUGGCUGUCCUGUUUGUGAGAAAAGUUUCAAUCAGAAAUCUGAUCUGAUGCUGCACCAGAGGACUCACAGUGGGGAGAAACCAUAUAAAUGUCCUAUUUGUGGGAAAGCUUUCAAUUGGAAUUUCCACCUGGUGACACAUCAGAGCACACACACUGGAGUGAAACCGUAUGAAUGUCUAGAAUGCAGGAAAACGUUUAGUCGGAAUUCUGAGCUGAUGAUACACCAGAGAACUCACACAGGGGAGAAACCGUAUGAGUGUCUGGAAUGUGGGAAAAGUUUCAGUCAGAAUUCCCACCUGAUGACACACCAUAGAACUCACACAGGAGAGAAACCAUAUGAGUGUCCAGAGUGUGGGAAAGGUUUCAGUAUUAGGUCUAACCUUAUAAAUCAUGUAGGUUUACACACAGGGGAGAAACCUUUCAAAUGCUCAGAGUGUGGACAGUGCUUCCCAUAUUAUUCCUGCCUUGCUGCACACAAAAAAAUCCACAGAAAGUGAUGAGUGUAGAAAAGGCUUGAAUUUAAUUUCUGAUUUUUCAUUACAUUAAGUACAGGUAGUCCUUUACUUACGACCACAACUGGACCCAAAAUUUCUGUUGCUAAGCGAGACAUUGGUUAAGUGAUGUUUGCCCCAUUUUAUGACC